GAGCAACUAGGGUUUUUGGCUUCCUUUAGCGCAGUCGCAGCCGGCGUAAACCGAGGAAGAACUAUCUUAGAGAAAGGAAGCUCCGGUUAUCGUCGUCGUUAUGGGUCGUCUUCAUAGUAAAGGUAAGGGAAUCUCAGCAUCUGCUUUGCCGUAUAAGCGGUCACCCCCGAGCUGGCUCAAGACAACCGCCCAGGAUGUUGAUGAGUCUAUUUGCAAGUUUGCCAAGAAGGGUUUGACUCCAUCUCAGAUUGGUGUUAUUCUUCGUGACUCUCACGGAAUCCCACAAGUGAAGAGUGUUACGGGAAACAAGAUUUUGAGAAUUUUGAAAGCUCAUGGUCUUGCUCCUGAGAUCCCUGAGGAUCUGUACCACCUGAUCAAGAAAGCAGUUGCUAUCCGCAAGCAUCUUGAGAGGAACAGGAAAGACAAGGAUUCCAAAUUUAGGUUGAUUCUUGUAGAGAGCAGAAUCCACCGCCUUGCUCGUUACUACAAGAAGACCAAGAAGCUCCCUCCCGUCUGGAAGUACGAGUCUACUACAGCCAGCACUCUUGUGGCUUAAGAAGCAUGGAGAUUUGGUCAAAAGUCCUUCAAGAACGGCCAUUUCAUUGGGCAGCAUUUGGACCUCUACAUCUGUUUUCGUUAGUUUUUGAUGGGUUACAAAUUUCAGUGAGAUUUUGAAUUUAGGGAUUACAGUCUUGUUUUAUGUUAAUCAUUCUGAUUUUUCAUUUGUCCUUCUCAUACUUCUUCUAUUGCAUAACUUUCAAACUUCUGAAAUUAAAGUUUACAAUCAUCUACAAAUUGCUUUUUAAAUCUCAGCUAUGCUUAUGGGCUAUAAUUGCCUCCUAUGUUAAA